GCUGGGGGCGGCCCCGGGAGAGCGCAGGUGCAUAGAGGCGCCUCCCGGCCUCUGGGGGCCCUGACGGACUUGCCCCCCUUCCUCUCGGAGGUCUCCGCGCGUCAUGGCCGAAGGCCUAGAGAUGGGCAAGGAUCCCAACGACCCGACGCACUCGCGGACGCUCUUUGUCCGUGAGGACGGCACCUCCAUCUCGUUCUACGUGCGGCCGGGUCCCGCCAAGCGGCGCCUCUCCACGCUCAUUCUGCACGGGGGCGGCACGCUGUGCCGGGUGCAGGAACCCGAGGCGGUGCUGCUGGCCCAGCCCGGGGAGGCGCAGGCCGAGGCCCUGGGGGACUUCAUCUCCACGCAGUACAUCACCGACUGCGUGGAGCGCAACGAGCGGCUGGCCUUGGAGGACUACCGCCUGGGCCGCCGGGAGCCCGAGAGCCCGGAGGCGGCCCCGAGAGAGCCCGAGGAGGCCUACACGGAAGCCGAGGACGCGGCCAUAGUCCGCUACGUGAAGGACAACGCGCGCUCCCCCAACGCGCUCGCGGGCACGGCGCUGUGGAAGGGCCUGGAGAAAGCGGCCCUCACGCAGCGGCCCUGGCAGUCCCUGAAGGACCGCUACCUGAAGCACCUGAAGGGCUUGGAGCAGAAGUACCUGGAGGCCGAGCGAGCCGCCAGCCCGACCCAGAAGCCCAAGAGAAAGGCGGAGGAAGCGGAACCCGACGGCAGUGAACCACAGAAGAAAAAAGCCCCUGAUCUGCCUGAGGAAGAAAAUGCAGAGAAGCCAGUGCAGGAGAGUGAAACAACAGAAGAAGAGGUUUUGCGCCCUGAAAAUCAGGAGGUUGAAGAAAGUGAGGUUCAUGAUCAGACCCCUGACCUUGAAUUAACUGUUACUAAAAAUGGAGAGCUGACCAGUCCUGAAAAAAAUAACUCCAAUUUGAAAGAGGCUCCAAAAGACAGUGAGGUCGUUGAAGACAAUGUUGUAUUGGAAACACAGCCUGAAGCAGAGGAAAGCAGUUCAAGCCCCUCACCUGAGGUGGAAGCUGUCAUCAAAGUCAUCAAACAUUUAAUGGAGGAAUUUAGCGUGGAUCUAGCAACAGUUACACAAGCUUUCUUGAAAAACAGUGGAGAACUGGAAGCCACUUGUUCCUUUUUGCAGACAGGCCAACGAUCUGAUGGAUAUCCAAUCUGGACCCGACAAGAUGAUGUGGAUUUGCAGAAAGAUGAUGAGAACACCAGAAACAAAUUGAUAAAAAAAUUUGGUGCUAAGAAUGUAGCAAGGAGGAUUGAAUUCAGAAAGAAUUAGCGCAAGAUGUCAGGGGAAAAGAUCAGACUAGGUUUCAUAGAAUGAGCAAUUGUAAAAGGUAGGGGAGUUGAAAAGACUGAUGCUUGAUUACUAACCAGUAUUAUUAUUGAUUUGUUAACAAAUAUGACCAUGUAAGAAAAUUUAAAAGCAGAUAAAUUUGGAAAAUAUGGUAAUACUAGAUAGUACUUCAAGAUCCCAAAGUGCUUUUCAUAUUCCCUCAUGUUUUACCCACCCAGUCAUCGAUAUUCAGAAUUAGAUAUAUUGAAGGUGGAGUUUCUGUCAUGCUCUUACUUGGUUCCUAUGUCCAGGUAUCUGCUGUAGCAUGCUGUCUUCCAGGAAUUGUUUGAAAUAUUUAUUAUUGUAAAUUUUUAAGCCAGAGAAUUCUAGUUUAUUUUAACCUAUAAGCACUGCUCCUCUGACAUUAAGCUAGUGCUAUUUCAGCCAGAUAAAAUAUAAAUUUAUGUUUUGCAUUAAAAAAAAUAAUCAGAACCUUGAAGCUGUCUGAAUGCCUAGUCAUAGUAACAAAGAUUUAAAGCUGGAAGGGACCUUGGGAUCCAUCAAUUCCAGUCCCUUCAUUUUAUAGAAGUAACCAAAACAAAGA